AGGACUGGACGGUGGCAUGAGUGCGGGGUGGUACGCAAGAGAGACUGACGUCUUUUCAUUUCUGUCUAGCUGAUGUAGGCUACCUGCUCCGAUUCCCCCUUCAUUCAAACACAGAAAUCAUUUCUUCUGGUUAGGACCGCAUUUAUUGUGUACAGUGAUCUGUUCAAAACUGGUCUUUUGGUACUCUUGGUGAGGAGUUAAAAAUACACUUAGGGCAAUUAAUUGUUUAAACCAUUUAAGCUAGCUGGCUAGCUAUUAAUAACAUUCAGAAAUGGACGAAAAGGCGUUUACGAAGGAACUUGAUCAAUGGAUUGAGCAACUCAACGAGUGUAAGCAGCUCUCGGAAAACCAAGUGAAAACACUCUGUGAAAAGGCCAAAGAGAUCCUGACGAAGGAGUCGAAUGUGCAGGACGUGCGGUGCCCCGUCACGGUGUGCGGGGAUGUGCACGGACAGUUCCACGACCUCAUGGAGCUCUUCCGGAUCGGGGGGAAGUCUCCGGACACCAACUACCUGUUCAUGGGCGACUACGUGGACCGGGGCUAUUACUCCGUGGAGACCGUCACCCUUCUGGUAUCGCUGAAGGUUAGAUUCCGUGAACGCAUCACGAUUCUUCGGGGGAAUCACGAGAGCAGGCAGAUCACACAAGUGUACGGUUUCUAUGACGAGUGCUUACGGAAGUAUGGCAACGCCAACGUGUGGAAGUACUUCACCGACCUCUUCGACUACCUCCCGCUCACCGCGCUGGUGGACGGCCAGAUAUUCUGUCUCCACGGAGGACUGUCGCCGUCAAUAGACACAUUGGAUCACAUCCGAGCACUGGACCGCUUACAGGAAGUCCCGCACGAGGGCCCCAUGUGUGACCUGCUGUGGUCGGACCCGGAUGACCGGGGCGGGUGGGGCAUCUCUCCCCGGGGUGCGGGGUACACCUUCGGGCAAGACAUCUCCGAGACCUUCAACCACGCCAACGGCCUUACCCUCGUCUCAAGAGCCCACCAGCUGGUCAUGGAGGGGUACAACUGGUGUCACGAUCGCAACGUGGUGACCAUUUUCAGCGCCCCCAAUUACUGCUAUCGCUGCGGCAACCAGGCUGCCAUCAUGGAACUCGAUGACACCCUGAAGUACUCCUUCUUGCAGUUUGACCCCGCCCCCCGCAGAGGAGAGCCACAUGUGACCCGCCGGACGCCAGACUACUUCCUGUAAAAUCCCCACGGCGUCUGUACAGCUCUGCUGUGAUUUAAUGUACACUCAGCUUAAAGGCAGGACAGGGGCGGCCAUGUAAAUGAUCAAUAACUAUUUAAGCAUUGAGAAACUGUGUACAUGGACCAAAAGGUAUGCCAUAUUUAACUGCAGAAGUGUCUCUCCAUGACUGUGACGAUGUAAACUUUAAACGGGCAGCGAUUUCUCUCUGCGCAACACCGCUGUUUAUUUAAAAUAAUCUCUCUUUUUUUUAACUAAAGGUCAGUAAUUUGCCAUCUGCCCUGUUGGUACACACGUUUGCAUUGUGUAUGUGUCAUAUAAACUCACAGCAGAUGUCUUUGCCAACAGUACUUGAUGAAUUGAAGAAAGUAAAACAAAAAACUGGGCCUUGUAAUGAAAUAAAGAUGAUCUCCAUUCCGCUGCAGUGUUACUGUAAGAACAUGGCUUAAAUAAGCAUUGUAGUUUUAAGAACAUUUUGGGGGUGGGAGGGAAAUAGGGAAUGUUUUUGUUUUAAAUAUAUUUUUUAUUUACCAGAGUGUUGUCAACCUUAAAAAAAAAAAAGAAAAAAGAAGAAGCUUGUUUGUUUUGUUUCAUUUAUUUUUUUGGACCUUCUUACUUAUGAGAUUUAUGUAACCGGUACAUUUUUUGGUGGUUUUUUUUAUUUUUUAUUUUUCGUAAAGGAAAAUACUACCACAGAAAUUUCCUGCACAUUAUUUUCCAGAAUGAAUUUGUGUAGCAGGUGCAUAAGAGGUUGGACUCAGUUUGCAGGAGGCAUGCAAUUAAAUACAAUGCUGUUGUGCAAAUGGGCUCCAGUUUAAUAAUAAAAUGGAUGUUGCUCAAAUGUUCAAA